AUGAUUAAUCAAUUUUUACGAAAUAUCAAAUUGCUUAAGAAUGUAAAGUAAUUGGUGUUAGGCAAUCCUACAGCUGAUAUGGAUUCAUGUGUUGGAUCAAUUCUUUUGUCCUAUCACAUGGCUGAAGUUCAUAUCCCAACAGCACCCAUCAUUAAUUAUAAUAGAUAAUCAUUUGGAUCUCAUUUUGAGACAGUCGAGUUAUUCCAUGUUGAUGAUUUGUUAUUUAUUAAUGAUGUGGAUUUAAAGUAAUAUGAUUUGAUUCUUUACGAUCACAACGACAUCAACUAUACAAAUAAUCAAAUCGGCUCUAUCUAUCAUCAUGAGGAUAAGGGAUAGCAUUUUACUCAAUUUAAAAAGAUAGAAAAAGUAGGCUCUGCAGUAACCUUGGUGGCAGAAUCUAUGGAAUUAGAAAAAAAUUACAAAUGCAAAUAGGAAAUUGGAGAAAUUGCAUAAUUGAUAAUGAAAACAAUAUUAAUAGAUACAUUCAAUUUUUAAUAAAACCAAUAUCAAAUUAGAUGGGUAGACUAAGAUAAAACAAAUUUUUGA